ACCUUAAUUCAGUCUGUACUUUAUAGUCAGUUGGUUCUCAGUUUUCAGAUCCAAAUCGAAUAUAGUGGGUUCUUAUACAAGAUGUUUUUAACUCUAAGAUUAUUAUCGAAUCGACACCCUUCGUUCAUUGCACGUACUGUUUUCGUGAAAAACAAUAAUGUAGACGACGCCUGUCGGCUGGUAAACAGAAUCCUUGGUAAGGAAGGCAUACUCGAACAGUACAGACUGACCAGAUAUUAUGAAAAACCAUAUCAGACCAGAAGAAGAGUGAACCAUGAGCGUUGUAAGGCUAUAUACAAUGAAGAUAUGGAGAGAAAAAUACAGUUUGUACUCAGGAAGAACAGACAUGAACCCUUCCCUGGCUGCUCUUAGACAUUCGUAAUGUUUUUGUUAACAGUUGAGAAAAUGUCCACAUUUAUCCAAAGGGAGAUACUACUAUUAUAGUAGUGGAUAAGAACAAACAAACUUUUUAGUAGGUAGCAAAUAAUAUUGUUAGCAGUCUAUUAUUUAUUUAUUGUAACAACAACAACUGCGUGUUUCAUUCUGAGGAGAAUAGAGAAGUGUGCAUUUUACCUCACUUAUAAAAAAGUCACAUCUAGAGUUCUAGACCUUGUUUCUGAAAUGUGUUGUUUAUUAAUAGUUGCAUUUUACUUGAGAGAAAAAUAAAACAUGUU